AUGGAGACUCCGAUCAGAGACACAGUGAUGAACGCCGGCCAUGAAACAAGACUCUCCCUGCAGGGCAGGGUGCGCAAGAUUCCGCUCUUGAAGCGGAUUUGGAGGCUCCUGCAGAAGCUUCCAGCCGAUCGACGCCGGGAGAUCCUCUCGGGCUUGAGCACCGCACAGCAAUGCCAGCUCGAGCGUUGGAUCCUCACCCGCGUCCCGCGCCCAAGGGCCGAGGAGGUGCCGCAGGUCCAAAAGUCUCAACGGAACCGGCGAGCGCCUGCAGCGCCCAAAGCCAAGAAGGGCCGACUGCCGCAGCCGGGCAUCGUCCGGUACUUCCGGGGCAAGGGUGGUGCCACCUGCUACUAUGCCGCACAGAUCCAGCUCGGAGAACACCUUCGCCUGCUCUCGAAGACGGAGCUUCACCUGGAGGAUGCGCUUCGGCACCACGAGGAGCUGCAACGUAUCCGCCAUGCCGCGGGCGCCGGCACAAACUUCGAAAACCAAUUCCGCGAGGCGCUGUUGGCCACGGAAAGACCCGGGUCUCAGCAAACGGGCAAAGGCAUGGGCCUGCGCUUCGUGGUAUCCGUGAGGCCUUGCUUCUCAGAGAGGCGGCUCGCAUCGCCCCCUUACCGCAUGGACACCCUGGAGAUGGGCAUCCGUGCGCUUCGGCGUCUCACGGCAGCUGCAGCGGCACUCCGUCGUGCGGCACAUCGAGGUCACCGGCGAGGCCGUGCAGACCUUUCUUCUGCAGCCGCCUCCGCGGCUUGGUGCCGUCUGCGCGAGGCCUAUCUCGUGAGUCUUGGCGAGUUCGGUCGCAAUCUGGGCCCGGCUCAGCGCCGUCUCAAUUCCCUUGAGGCGGAAUUCCAGCAGCGCUAUCAACGCGACCUUUGCCGCUCCCUUCGCCAGGAGACACAUCGUGUUCAGAGAGAUCCGCAGGAGAUGCUGAAGGCGCUGCUGUCGCGAUGGCAGCUGGCCGAAGAACGAGCUGCCGUCCGUUGCAACAAGAGGCACAAGGCUUCCUGCUCCCAGAGCCUCUUCCGCGAGGCUCUCUGGGAGCCCGGCAUGGCUCGCCGCCUCCUCCGGGCCCUUGCGCUGGCUGCGUUGGCGUCUGCGCAUUUGGAGCCAGAGCAGAUCCACCUGGCCUUCGCUGGGCAAGAUGCUGCGGGAUACCCGAACGGCAUGACCGUGGCAUGGUUCACAAGGGACCAGCCGAAAGAUGCUUCGGUGCAGUAUGGUCUCUCUGCAGAGAAGUUGGACCUGACUGCCUCAGGCGGCUUGAAGAAAUACAUGGCCAAUGCAGGAUUCCAUGCCCACGUGGAGCUCCCGAAUUUGAAGGCGAGCACGAAGUACUUUUAUCGGGUGGGCAGUGCCGGAGACUCGAAGUGGUCCGAGGUCUUUUCCUUCACCACCGCAGCUGCAGACAACAAAGCGGCCUUCUCGAUGGCCGUCUUCGGAGACAUGGGUUGGGAGGACAGCAAUCAGAGGCCAAUGUGGAUCACCUUGCAUGGUCUGGAGAAGAAAUGGUCGGCGACCCUGAGCCGAGCAACCCUGGAGAAAUGGAAAGACGACAAGUCUAUCGACUUCAUCUGGCACGUGGGUGACAUUGGCUACAUGGACGAUUCCUACGCCCAUGCGCCAAUAAGGUUUACCUACGAAGAGUCCUACAACGGCUACAUGAAUUGGCUACAGAACCUCACCUCGACGAUGCCCUACAUGGUGUCUCCGGGUAACCAUGAGUCCGAAUGCCACAGCCCUGCGUGCUUGGCGGACCCCUUCCUGGGCCGUGCGCUGAUGAACUUCACCGCGUUCAACCACCGAUGGCACAUGCCCUCCAAGACCAGUGGCGGACGGGCCAACAUGUGGUACAGCUUCAAUGUUGGACCGGUGCAUUUCGUUUCCAUCAACACCGAGACGGACUUUCCGGGUGCAGAGGAGACAGACACAGGCGACGGCCACUUCUCCUGGUUAAAGGCAGGCCAUUUUGGCGCCGAUGGUGAGUACUUGAGGUGGCUGGAGGAAGACUUGCAGGAAGCCGUUGCUGCACGAAAUUCGGGGCUCAGGCCAUGGAUUAUUGCCGGCGGUCAUCGCCCACUUAAAAGCAUCAAGCACUCCGGCGUCAGCGAACUCUUUGAGAAGUAUGGCGUCGAUCUUUACUUUGCCGGGCACGCGCACAGGUAUUGGCGCGACCCGCCUGUUCAAGCAGGAAAAGCCACGUCCAACGAGAUGCGAGUGUACAAGGAUGUAGAAGGCUUCAUCCAAGUUGUUGCUGGCGGUGCUGGAUGUGAUGAAAUGGCUUACAAGGUCGCGCCGAAGUGUCCAGAGACGACAGGUGACGAUAUCUGCGUCCCGCCCAAGGGCGAGGAAGAGAAAUCUGUUGAGGGCCUUCCUGACCCAGUCUUCGCCACCGAUGUCAUGGCACUUGGCCUUCUCGACGUCGUCAACGCCUCGACCUUGCGCUUCCGACUUGUCGACGCCGCGCACAAUCAGACGCUAGACGAGAUGUGGGUCACGAAGACAGCCAAGGAGCUGUCUCACGUGACCUUCGUCUAA